ACCAAAAAGCACGUUAUCUACAAAAAAAUGUCUCGUGACAAGUCGAUUGCUGCCUAUUUAAGCAAAAGAGAUUUUGUGGAUCAUGGCAGCCAUAUUGACCCUGUGGAUGGCGUGCUGCUGGUGGACACUGGUUACGUAAAGGAACGAAAAAUUUAUUGCAGAUUGAGCUGUACUUUCCACUAUGGACCAGAGGACAUCGAGAUGAUUGGACAGGCAUUUAAAAGAGACCUGUAUAUCACGACAAUCCAGGUGUACCCUCCAACAGGAGAGCAAGCAAAACCCCUGACCAAGGCGCAGGAACGCCUGGUGAGGAAGAUUGGAGACAAAGCUGUGCCCUUCUGCUUUGAGUUCCCAAACCAUCUUCCCUGUUCCGUAAGUCUUCAGCCUGCUCCCAGUGACCCAGAAAAGUUCUGUUCCGUAGAUUUUGAAGUUACAGCUUUCUGCGUGAGUAAUCUGGAGGAAAAGAUCCAUAAAAGGAGCUCUGUGCGUCUGACUAUCCGUAAAAUACAGUUUGCUCCAGAUCAGACUGGGCAAAAGCCAACUGUUCAUACCAGCAAGCAUUUCGUGAUGUCAGACCAGCCACUCCACUUGACAGCAUCUUUGAAUAAAGAGGUAUUCUACCAUGGAGAGCCCAUCAGUGUCCAUAUUGAAGUGAAUAAUAGUUCUAAAAAGGAUGUAAAGGGCAUCAAAGUAUCAGUUGAACAAGCGACUAAUGUGGUGCUGUACUCAAAUGAUAAAUACACUGAGCAGGUUGCUGUGGAGGAAACAAAUGACCAGAUUGCUGCAGGUUCCAAAUUCUCGAAGACAUUUACGAUUUUGCCAUUAAUUGCCAACAACUGCGACAAGCAUGGCAUCGCCAUUGAUGGCAGAAUCAAACAAGAGGACACUAACCUGGCUUCUUCCACCAUUUUAAAGGAAGGAACUACCAAGGAGGUUCAAGGGAUAUUGGUGUCCUAUACAGUAAAAGCCAGCGUGAUAAUUCCUGGCUUGCUGGGUGACAUAACAGCCAGCGAUGUCACAGCGGAAGUACCUUUCCUGCUUAUGCACCCCAAUCCUGAAGACGACGACAUUGCUAUUGAGGAUGAUGCAGAGACUUCACCAGCGGAUCCAGACGAUGAUGAAUGACCGCUGCCACACCCUGUCUAGCCAUGUAGACUUCAUUUGUUUGUAGCUCAAUUAAGUAUAGCUGAGGACUGAUUAAUUGUUUAGUGGGAUAAGGCUUCUGAUUUCUUCACCUGACCCAGGAAGAAGUCAGGAAAAAUUCUUUAUUCAGAAUAUGGGGCAGGUAAAUCAUGGGAAGGAAGUACUUUAUGAAGGUCUUUUGGCUGUGGGUUGAUUUCAGUUUCAGAGAUAUGUUCAAAUUCCAUGAAAAGAAUAAAAAUUACACAAGGAUUAAUUAAAUAUUUUCAAAUUGAGUCAUUAACUUGAAAUGAGGAUGAUACAGACUUACUAUUUUAUGGUAAUUAACUGAAUUAUCACUUGAUAAAUUUGCAUAGAUUAUGUGGCAAUGGUGAGUCCUUCAGAGUAAAUGACAGCAAAUAUCAAUGGCAAAGAGUGCAGAGGUUAUUGUCAGCCAUGAAACCCACUGCACAGAAAGUGAAUGAUUCAAAGUGGAGUAACACCACUCCUGCAAACUCUAUGAGACAUGUGUUCCAAAAACAGGAAACAUGCAUGAAAGAGACUAAGCUCCCAUAGAGAUAUAGAGAAUUAUCUUAACAUCAUUCUCACAGGCUAUAAUGUAAUUUGAUUCAAGUUCAAAAUUCACUGUUCUCCAUAAAAACAUCUAAAACCUUGAAUCAGGUUCCAGGCUUCGCAGUCCAAGGUAUCUAUUAUUUUGUAUAUAAACUACACAGACCAAUCAAAUAAAUUCCAGCCUAUAACUCAUUCCCAGGAAUCUGUUUUUCUAUAGAUAUAAACCAUACAAACCCAUUGAUUAGAUUCCAGCCUCUAACUUGUUCCCAGCACAAACUAUUAUAACCCUGUCAGCUUCCAGUCUGCGUCUACCUCUGAAACAAUGAUCGUAUCAAAUGUGUGACUCCCUCUUCAAGAGACCUGGUUACUAUUUCUCCAACUAACCCUCAAGGUGGCACAUAUUGAUCCUUCUCAUAGGAGUAAUAGUCGGAUAGUCUGGUUGUGGUUUUAUUACUUAUUUGCGUCAAUUAGCUUGAAAUAAAAAUGCAUUCAAAA